CGCGAGUCUGUCGCGCGGUGAGGGCGAGCCGGGCGGGCGAGAGACAGUGCACGAGGAAAGGAGCGGGGAAGCUGGUUCCGGGCUGAGGAGCGAGGAGGCGCUGAAAGGAGGGCUAGAAGGCGAAGAUGCCGGGUACGGACUUUCUGAUCUUGAAGGCCUUUGAGCCCUACUUCGAGAUUUUGGAAGUAUAUUCCACAAAAGCCAAGAAUUAUGUGAAUGGGCGUUGCACCAAGUAUGAGCCCUGGCAGCUGAUUGCGUGGAGUGUGGUGUGGACGCUGCUGAUAGUCUGGGUAUAUGAGUUUGUCUUCCAGCCUGAAAGUUUAUGGUCAAGGUUUAAAAAGAGAUGUUUUAAGUUCAUCAGGAAGCUGCCUAUUGUUGGUCGCAAGAUCCAAGAUAAGUUGAACAAGACUAAGGAUGAUAUUAGCAAGAACAUGUCAUUCCUGAAAGUGGAUAAAGAAUACGUGAAAGCUCUGCCCUCUCGAGGUCUGAGCACGUCUGCAGUUCUGGAGAAGCUCAAGGACUACAGCUGUCUGGAUGUCUUGUGGCAGGAAGGGAAGGCCUCCGGAGCAGUGUACAACGGGGAGGAGGAGCUCACCAAACUCCUCGUGAAGGCUUAUGGCAAUUUUGCCUGGAGUAAUCCACUGCAUCCAGACAUCUUCCCGGGACUACGUAAGAUCGAGGCAGAGAUUGUGAGGAUAGCUUGUUCCCUCUUCAAUGGGGGACCAGACUCCUGUGGAUGUGUGACCUCUGGGGGGACAGAAAGCAUAUUGAUGGCCUGCAAAGCUUAUCGGGACCUGGCCUUCGAGAACGGGAUCAAAACUCCUGAAAUUGUGGCUCCCCAAAGUGCCCAUGCUGCAUUUGACAAAGCAGCCAAUUAUUUUGGGAUGAAGAUUAUUCGGGUUCCACUGAACAAAAUGAUGGAGGUGGAUGUUCGGGCAAUGAGAAGAGCCAUCUCCAAGAACACUGCCAUGCUCGUCUGCUCUACCCCACAGUUUCCUCAUGGUGUGAUAGAUCCUGUCCCUGAAGUGGCCAAGCUGGCUGUCAAAUACAAAAUACCUCUUCAUGUAGACGCUUGUCUAGGGGGAUUCCUCAUCGUCUUUAUGGAGAAAGCAGGAUACCCACUGGAGCAACCAUUCGAUUUCCGGGUGAAAGGUGUGACCAGCAUUUCAGCUGAUACUCAUAAGUAUGGCUACGCCCCCAAAGGCUCCUCAGUGGUGUUGUACAGUGACAAGAAGUAUCGGAGCUAUCAGUUCUUCGUCGCCACAGAUUGGCAAGGUGGCAUCUACGCUUCCCCGACCAUCGCGGGCUCACGGCCUGGUGGCAUCAGUGCUGCCUGUUGGGCCGCGUUGAUGCACUUCGGUGAGAGCGGCUAUGUUGAAGCCACCAAACAGAUCAUCAAAACCGCUCGCUUCCUCAAGUCCGAACUGGAAAACAUCAAAGGCAUCUUUGUUUUUGGGAAUCCUCAGUUGUCAGUCAUUGCUCUGGGCUCCCGGGAUUUUGACAUCUACCGGCUCUUUAACCUGAUGACUGCGAAGGGGUGGAACUUGAACCACUUGCAGUUCCCACCCAGUAUUCAUUUCUGCAUCACGUUAGUACACACCCGGAAGCGAGUAGCCAUACAGUUCUUAAAGGACAUCCGGGAAUCUGUCACUCAAAUCAUGAAGAAUCCUAAAGCGAAGACCACAGGAAUGGGUGCGAUCUACGGCAUGGCCCAGACAACCGUUGACAGGAACCUGGUGGCAGAAUUGUCCUCGGUCUUCUUGGACAGCCUUUUCAGCACAGACACUGUAACUCAGGGCAGCCAGAUGAAUGGUUCUCCAAAACCCCGCUGAACCCAAACCCUUUCUAGCUCUGAGGGGCUUCUGGCCUCCAGAAGGUUCUCAGGGUGUGGGACAGGCCACACACAGUUUCAACAUCUGGUCUUGCUCCACAGAGCACAGUGAGACAGACCAUGAGACAGCUUGACCCUCAGGAUUCUUGUUCCUCGUUUUUAUCAUCCUUUUGUGGUUUUUAAAGUGACAACCCUGAAGGAUUCCGUUACGUAAUUAUUUUGCCCUUGUUCUAAAUAUUACCCUAGCAACUGUUUUAACCAUUUCCUUCUCUAACCUCUAGCUUCCAACUUCACUUAGUCAUUGUGGGGCAGCUCUGACCUGACCUGAUUCCUUAGGGAAGCUGAGUUCAGUUUAUGAGAUCAAAAAAGGCUUUGUUUGUGAUCUCAGGCAGAUGGGCUGGUCGGAUAGGAAGCGUCGAGGAGGCUGAUGUCUUCUGGGUGGGCAUGGGAUGUACAAGCAGGAGGCGUUUUCAGCCCUCCUUGUUCAGUAGCUUAGUUGUCUCUCUUAGAGUCACUUUUAUUGCAACUCGUUUUGUGUUUCUAGGACACAUAUUGACCAGGCCAUUGUGCCUACUAUGCAGGAUUUGAUUGGUCAGGCUUAUCUGCUCAGUCUACAAGGCAGGGUUUGGUGUGGUCCAUUGGUCCUCUUGUGUGAUUACAGUCCCCAUUUGAUACUUGGUUGCUACCAUCUUUGGAGAUUCUUGUUUGAAAUUAUGCUCCCACUGGUUUAUUCCAUGGACUAGGAAGAGAACGUGGUUUCCAGAGAAUCUAGGACUUUGUGGCCCUGGUGCUGCCUCUCUGAAUUGGCAGUGUUCAGAGCACACCUGAACCCUUUCCUGGGCUAGUGAUGAUGCCAAGCCAGACCCUUUUGCAAAAUUUUCUGAGUAUCAGAGUAGGAUGAGCACCCAAACUCAAAUAAAUGUCACCAAAGUUGGUGGUGGUCCCCUCCUCCCCCAUUGCUUUAAGCCAUCAUGUAUGAGAAUAUGUUUGUUUGAAGGAACAGCUCAAAGCACCUUCACAAGUUGCCUUGACUUACCCUAGGUGGGUGUGAGGAGGGCCUGAGAAAGCCCCCAAGGCAAGGAAAAUUUUCUGUCUCCACUAGUGUGUUCUUCCUGCCGCUUCCUCCUUUAUUCAGCUCCCAAAGGUACUCUGGCAACUUAGCCUCAGGUACUGGACGCUUCUCAGCCCUGUCUAGGACGAGAUAAACUUUGGAAUAGGAAAACAUGAUGGCAAGUGUCAGUUGUGGUCUAGGGUCUGGGAUCCCUUCAUAAGACUAGUUGCUCAGGGUGGUGCAGGGACAGGACCAAACCCUGCGCCUGCUUCCUACCCUCGUCUGCCCUGCAUGGGGCCCUGAUCUAGGCUGAGCCACUGUCCUACUCUGAUGACGACAUAUCGUGUGCCUUUUUCCUCAGCAGUGAGCAGUGGUGGGCUGUUCCUGACUAGGUCCUAGGGGAGAUGGGUCAGUCUUUGAGGUUUUUAUUUGGGUAGGGGAGUAUUGAGGAUAAGUCAGGAGAAACUUUCCUCUGUUCCAUUACCCUUCUCAGGGACUCCUGAAUAUUCAGCCUCUUCAGGCUGCUAUCCUCUAGCCUCCCUCACUGAGAAUGCUGGCUGGGAGAGCCAAGACGACCAGACUUUCCAAGCUCCUUAGCACGUUUGUCUGAAGUGUUCUCUAGCACUGUACUUGCUACAGUAACUGUGACUGGCUGGCUACGUCAUUGCAGGGCUUGGGGGCGGGGUGUGAGUGUGUGCGUGUGCAGGGGGAGAGGCUGAGAUCCUCUGGACACGGGAGUCAUUUCCUCCAGUUGCUGAACUGGUGGCUACCUCCUGAGAGGAGCUGUGGUCGGAGCUGCGCAUGAAUUGUCUCUUGGGUCUCCAGUGCAUUCAUUAUGUUGGAGGAAGUCCAGGGACCCAGAACCACCCAGCAGGCACCACUGUGGUUUGUCAGCUGCUGAAAUGGAGAAGCAUAUGCCCUAGAGAGUGUGCUGUUGCUUCCAGUGUCUCCCCAGGACCUUUUUCUGUGCUGUGGCAGCAUUGCCACGGGGGGCAGUGGUGUUUUUCAAAGGGACCUACUGUAGCCACUUUAAUUUCUGAUCAUGAGCCUGAGUUUGACUUAAAGUUGUGGGCUUUCCAUUCCGUGUAUCUGUACGUGUGGUAACACCUAGUCUGGCAGAGGUGGGCGGGAUGUCUUAAUGAUAUCACGUUGCUCGCAGAUGUCACGCUGGCCUCUGCAAAAACUAUACUGUCUUGUUUCUGCAUUAGAAGUACAUAGUCGUGUGAAUAUACUGCCAUGUCACUUUUAAUAUUACCAGUUUUAUAUUUGGAAAAUGGUACUUGCCUCUUUUAAAGCUUUUGUCUUUAACCUCCCUUUUCCCAUCUCAACGCUCCCUUCCUAAUUGCAGCAAUAAUCUCUUAAAAAGCAAUUAAAUAAUUAAAUGUCCCAAAUCUUAA